AAGGUCCUUUACUGUUGUUCUGGGAUUGAUUUGCACUUUUCGCACCAAAGUACGUUCAUCUCUAGGAGACAGAACGCGUCUCCUUCCUGAGCGGUAUGACGGCUGCGUGGUCCCAUGGUGUUUAUACUUGCAUACUAUUGUUUGUACAGAUGAACGUGGUACCUUCAGGUGUUUGGAAAUUGCUCCCAAGGAUGAACCAGACUUGUGGAGGUCUACAAUUUUCUUUCUGAGGUCUUGGCUGAUUUCUUUUGAUUUUCCCAUGUCAAGCAAAGAGGCACUGAGUUUGAAGGUAGGCCUUGACAUACAUCCACAGGUACACCUCCAAUUGACUCAAAUGAUGUCAAUUAGCCUAUCAGAAGCUUCUAAAGCCAUGACAUCAUUUUCUGGACUUUUCCAAGCUGUUUAAAGGCACAGUCAACUUAGUGUAUGUAAACUUCUGACCCACUGGAAUUGUGAUACAGUGAAUUAUAAGUGAAAUAAUCUGUCUGUACACAAUUGUUGGAAAAAUUACUUGUGUCAUGCACAAAGUAGAUGUCCUAACCAACUAUAGUUUGUUAACAAGAAAUUUGUGGAGUGGUUGAAAAACUAGUUUUAAUGACUCCAACCUAAGUGUAUGUAAUCUUCCGACUUCAACUGUAUGAAGAAGUCUCUCGUGAAAUGGACCCGUACUGUAUGUUCUCUUAUAUGUUUCUCUACAGAGACGUCUGAUCCAUGAGAUUAAGAUGGUCCUGAGGGUUCUGGUGCUCUACAUCCCUCUGCCCAUGUUCUGGGCUUUGUUUGACCAGCAGGUAAGGACCCAAUGCUUACCCUAACCCUAACCAGCUAGGACCUUCCUCAAUAGAACAGUGACCACCACCCUAGCUGUUAAAAAGCCCCUAAGCAAUACCUUUCAUGGUUCCGAAACCUGCGAUUCAGGACAAUACAGUAGAUAUGGACCAAGUAAAGACAAAACGGUUUGAAAUGACAUAAUUUAAACCAGAUUACAACCCUUUACUUUUUUUAAUGACAUUAUUUCAACCAUAUUACGACCCUUUACUUUUUUAAAUGUCAUUAUUUCAUCCAGAUUACAACCCUUUACUUUUUGUAAUGACAUUAUUUCAACCAGGUUUGCCCUCUGGGACCCCAAGUUCAGCUUGCCUCACUGCUUGGUCUCGAGGCAUUGUCAGACCCGUCGCCAGACCUCAGUCUUAAGGGUGGCAUAUGAAAUGCAUGGGAGGGCAGGGUACAAUUAUUAUUAGCCUACAGUACGUAUAUUUAUAAUAAUCAUAUACUCUAUUUGCGCAGCACGUUAUAAUCACAUUAAACAUAACCAACAGCAAUAUGACAAGGUAGCCUAUAGCCUACACCACAUUACAUAGAAGCAAUGUUAUGAAUAUCCAUAAAACACUUGACUAUACAACAUAUUAGAUGUAACAGCAGAAGCAUCUCUCAUACAUUGCAUUUUAAAGCAGUCAACAGAGGGAUAUGCAUUGCCAUGAGACACACACACACACACGCACGCAUAUACAGUGAGGGAAAAAAGUAUUUGAUCCCCUGCUGAUUUUGUACGUUUGCCCACUGACAAAGAAAUGAUCAGUCUAUAAUUUUAAUGGUAGGUUUAUUUGAACAGUGAGAGACAGAAUAACAACAACACAAUCCAGAAAAACGCAUGUCAAAAAUGUUAUAAAUUGAUUUGCAUUUUAAUGAGGGAAAUAAGUAUUUGACCCUUCUGCAAAACAUGACUUAGUACUUGGUGGCAAAACCCUUGUUGGCAAUCACAGAGGUCAGACGUUUCUUGUAGUUGGCCACCAGGUUUGCACACAUCUCAGGAGGGAUUUUGUCCCACUCCUCUUUGCAGAUCUUCUCCAAGUCAUUAAGGUUUCGAGGCUGACGUUUGGCAACUCGAACCUUCAGCUCCCUCCACAGAUUUUCUAUGGGAUUAAGGAGACUGGCUAGGCCACUCCAGGACCUUAAUGUGCUUCUUCUUGAGCCACUCCUUUGUUGCCUUGGCCGUGUGUUUUGGGUCAUUGUCAUGCUGGGAUACCAUCCACGACCCAUUUUCAAUGCCCUGGCUGAGGGAAGGAGGUUCUCACCCAAGAUUUGAUGGUACAUGGCCCCGUCCAUUGUCCCUUUGAUGUGGUGAAGUUGUCCUGUCCCCUUAGCAGAAAAACACCCCCAAAGUAUAAUGUUUCCACAUCCAUGUUUGAUGGUGGGGAUGGUGUUCUUGGGGUCAUAGGCAGCAUUCCUCCUCCUCCAAACACGGCGAGUUGAGUUGAUGCCAAAGAGCUCGAUUUUGGUCUCAUCUGACCACAACACUUUCACCCAGUUCUCCUCUGAAUCAUUCAGAUGUUCAUUGGCAAACUCAACGGGCCUGUAUAUGUGCUUUCUUGAGCAGGGGGACCUUGCGGGCGCUGCAGGAUUUCAGUCCUUCACGGCGUAGUGUGUUACCAAUUGUUUUCUUGGUGACUAUGGUCCCAGCUGCCUUGAGAUCAUUGACAAGAUCCUCCCGUGUAGUUCUGGGCUGAUUCCUCACCAUUCUCAUGUUCAUUAAAACUCCACGAGGUGAGAUCUUGCAUGGAGCCCCAGGCCGAGGAAGAUUGACAGUUAUUUUGUGUUUCUUCCAUUUGCGAAUAAUCGCACCAACUGUUGUCACCUUCUCACCAAGCUGCUUGGCGAUGGUCUUGUAGCCCAUUCCAGCCUUGUGUAGGUCUACAAUCUUGUCCCUGACAUCCUUGGAGAGCUCUUUGGUCUUGGCCAUGGUGGAGAGUUUGGAAUCUGAUUGAUUGAUUGCCUCUGUGGACAGGUGUCUUUUAUACAGGUAACAAGCUGAGAUUAGGAGCACUCCCUUUAAGAUCGAGCUCCUAAUCUCAGCUCGUUACCUGUAUAAAAGACACCUAGGAGCCAGAAAUCUUUCUGAUUGAGAGGGGGUCAAAUACUUAUUUCCCUAAUUAAAAUGCAAAUCAAUUUAUAACAUUUCUUACAUGCGUUUUUCUUGAUUUUUUUGUUGUUAUUCUGUCUCUCACUGUUCAAAUAAACCUACCAUAACAAUUAUAGACUGAUCAUUUCAUUGUGAAUGGGCAAACGUACAAAAUCAGCAGGGGAUCAAAUACUUUUUUCCCUCACUGUACACACACACAGAGAGACUUUGAACCUACCGGUACUUUGAGUGGAGGCAGCGCUGUCCUCUCUCCAGUCCCUCCUGUCAGUACAGCGGGAGGCGGCGUUUCUCCGAGCAGAACCUCCUCAUCAAAGUAUCCUUCCACUCGGACUUAAACUUGUGAGUGAGGUCCUUUUCAAAAGCAAGCUGAAUCAGCUGGGCCUUGCGUCUGUGCAGCAUACUGCGCCGAUGCUCUGAGAAGACGCUUUUGAGCGUGGAAAAUGAGUUUUCACACAUUGCUGUGGAAGCUCCUAAAGUUAGGGCAAGUGUGUAGGCUGUGAGAACAGUCGGCAUAGCCUGGAGUGCACAGUUGAAUGUGCUGAGGAUGUUGGCUAUUGUCCAUUUUCCAUCUUCGGGGGGAACCGGAGUGUCAGUCAUUUUCUUCACCAGGAACUCACGAGCCACAGUAUAUUCAGAUUCAACCACAUCAGUUCCAGCUAAUACCAGGAGAGGAGUUACCUUUGAUGGGUCCAGGAAAUUAUCCUCGGCCUCUGGGUUCAAAGCAGCCAGUGCGCCAAUGAGCUCGCUACAGCGCUCUCCAAAACGCGCAUUCAUCUCUCCUUGCACAGCAUCGAUAACACUGUAAAACAAUCUCAUGAACUCAGUCUUUUCAUCUAUGUCACUUUGUGGCUGACCAACUGUUUCUUCAACUGCAAAUCCGCGGAGGUUCUUAUUAAUUGUGCGUCUUCUCUUGCUUGGACCAGGGUUGGUCACCGGCACAGCCUCGGUGGCCGAUGCUGGAGGAGCGCAGAGAUCCCACAGUGCAGAAAACUCGUUUUCUGUGCGCAGUGUCUUCACGCAGUCAGAAGCGCUGUUCACUAGUGUCACCACAGUGAACAAGUCCAUAUCUUCGGCCUGUAGUAGUCUGUUAGGCGGCUCGAAAAGUGACAACAGUUUCAUAACAAGGUGCACAAUGAAAAGAAAACUGCGCUGCGUAAUGGCACAAAGCAGCCCCGUAGCCUCGACGCGCACCUCCGCUCCAAGGCCUCGUGUGUUUUCCACCUCGGUCAGUAAUGUGGAUAUGUCGUGAAAACUCUUCACCACAACUUUGACCGUUGCCAAGUGGCCAGUCCAUCUCUGGUCCAAGAGACGUUUCAGGGUAUCGCCUUUGUACAGAAUUGCCACGGUUGGCUUCCUGAUAAAGUUGUACAGCAUGUUGCAACUCCCAAAAAAUCAUUGACAGCUGCUUCACUGGACAUGGCAUGAAUCACAACCAGAUGAAGUUGGUGAUUAAAGCAGUGAAUAUAUGGUAUGUUACGAUCCAGCUUGUUUUGGAGCAAUUUCUGCACACCACCAUGCCUGCCAGACAUGAGUGAUGUGUCAUCAUAAACUUGACUCAGGAUUUUGUCCGUGCUGAGUCCGGCGCUGGUGAGCUCAUCAAUGAUGACACCUGUCAGAGCCUCUGCAUCACCUUUCUCAGAUGUGGCCAUUACCAAGAGGCGCUCACACAGACCAUAGUUUUUGUCAACAAAACGCACAACUACAGAUAUGUUUUCUUGGCCUAAAGGAUCCCGUGUGCCAUCCACUAUAAUUGAAUACCAGCUAUCGCCGACUUGUCUCACUAUCUCCUCUGUCACGAGUUUGCUCAUCAUUUAGAUAAUCUCGUUUUGUAUCUGUGGGCUGGUAUAGCGUGCAUUCUGUGGGAUUGUUUUUGUAAUCCGUGUCAGUUCGGGAUCGUUGCGCAUGGUGUACUCAAAGAGAGACAAAAACAGCCCCAUUGAGCUAUUAUCAUCUAGCACACUGGCAAAACCAGCAUUAUCUCCACGUAACGGCAAUUGAUUCACCACUAAAAACUCCAGCAUAUCAAUUACAGCUGACAUGUAGUAUCUGUUGUGAGCCAGUUGCUCUGAAUUUAAGAGAGUGGAAAUAUAUUUUCCUGUCUCUCUACGUUUUUCUGAAUCUCUCCACAUUGCUUCACAGGCUAAAUGUUCUUUUGAAGCUGCAUGCUUAUUUAAGCCCUUGCCUGUUCCAAUUGCAUGUUUCCAAUCAUUAAAUCCCUUAAUGGAGAAGGUCGCGUCCGAUGAUACAGAUUUGAAUUUCCUGCAUGCAUAACAAAAUGCAGAGUCCUUUUCCACCGAGUACUCAAGCCAGUCCCUGUUCAAAUACCAGCUAGAGGGAAAUGAUCGUUUUUUUUAACCAAACAUUUUGACUGGAUAUUUCCUCAACACAACCUGUUUGGGUUUGUCCAUGCCGAGGUCACUCACACCCACUGAUUCAACAGGUAGUUGUGGCCCAAAUGCUGCCCCAGUCGCGGUUGCACUUGACCUGCAGGUCCUGCCAGGCCCAGGGUCGGACUCCACGGAGCUACUAGCAUCAGGCUCAGACUGUCGUCCAGGGUCUCCUUCUCCAACUACAACAUCAGGAGGCGUCGGUGUCGUAUCCAAUUUGGCAGAGGAGACUGUUGGUGGGCUUUUCAACCACUUACGGAUAUCCAUGACGAACUGAAGCGAAGCGAGUAAACUCAUCCAGCUUUCAAAAAUGCGCGGUAACUGUUGAGCGGCUACACUGACGUAGGCUACGUCACGUACGUAGCCUAACUUUCUUUUUAUUAAGGCUGUGAUAGGCUGUUGCAGUGUAGAUUCCCAUCAAUCAAACAAAAUCACACCAUUGUUUCUUUAUAUUUUUUAUGUUUUAAUGAUAAAGAAUGCAACAUUAAUGCAACACAAAAUUAGCAACUAUUAUAAUAUAAAAUGGAAGUAAUUUUUUUAAGAGAUCUGUGCCUCAAGUGGGGGGGGCACAAGCAUUUUUGGGGGCAGGCCCGGCCCCCUAUGGCCCGCCCAUAGCGACGGGUGUGGGCAUUGUUCUGGUGUCUCCUCUCCUCUCCUCUCCUCUCCUCUCAUCUCCUCUCAUCUCCUCUCUUCUCAUCUCCUCUCCUCUGGCCAACGACCAAACAACUCCACAAUACCAACUGAUUAAGGAAAACUGCAAAACUGCAAACCCCCAAACCACAUCCAUCCAACCUUCCCUAACCCAGACUCCCUGGGCACAUUCCUCUGAUAAAACACUGUGAUUAAAACUAACAAGAACAAAAACCUCCAUCAUAGUUUUAAAUGAACCGAAUGUAUGUUGUUUAUAGGCAAGAACAGGUCUGAUUAUGCUAUUGAAGCGAAUGGUGAUGGUGAACCAGCUAUCCAGUGCCAUAGAAUACAGUGAAUGGGCCAGUGAUAACAUUUAGUCUCCUUUGUUAUGUGGUACUGUAGGGAUCCCGCUGGACUCUCCAGGCAACCCGGAUGAACAUGGCCUUCGUAAGUUCCUUUGUCUUUCUUUCAAUGUACAGUACAUUACAACAGUGGUAUUAGUUCCUUUCCUUUUCUAGCUUUUGAAACGGUGUAACAAUGUGCUCUACAACUGUGGUAAAAGUGUACAACAUUUAUGAUUUCAUAGUAUUUUGCAAUGUUUUACUAUCGUUGACUGUAAUCUGAAAUAGAGAUCUUGUUUGGAAUCUGUCUGGAGAUCUUGUUUGGAAUCUGUCUCUAUGUUACAGGGAUCAACAUUCGUCCUGAAGCCUGAUCAAAUGCAGGUGCCUGCAGCUCCUUACACUCUUCCUGACAUUACACAAUGCAUUACUCCUGCAGAUGAUGUUUAUACUGUAACUGUAACCAUAGGUUCUCUCUAUCAUGGCCUUGAGUAAGAUCACCCCUGUUCUCUCCUGAACCCUUUUAUAAUGGAGAUUAUCACCAUAAUGCUAUCUCGUUAUUGACUAAAUACAUUUAGCAAGAAUAUUUACUAGUGUCUUUUCUCAGUUUGCUGCAGCAACCUAUAUGUUUUUAUGGUAUUUUUUUGUGAUUUUAUAUUGAAUCAUCAGAAGGUAUGUUUCCUGUGUUUUGUUCUUCCUUGUUCUUUCAGAUGUUAAACGCUCUGCUGAUCCUCAUGUUUGUGCCUAUCUUUGACAUGGUUGUGUACCCACUCAUAGGCCUUUGCAGGAUCAAUCUCACGUGAGUGGACCAUGGCUGUGUCUGAAAACGUUACUAUGUAGCUGUCAAAUCCUUGCCUCCACUGUCCUUAUUUCCUCACUUUGUCUCAAAGCUCAUUGGAUGAGGAUACCGGAGGGAGCUUGGACCUCGGCUCUUGGAUCCUCUCUUCCAAUGAGCUUCAAGAGGAAUUGUGGAAACAAGGACAGAGGAAGAAAGGGUUUGACGGAUAGUGACAUUUUCAGACACAGCCCGUCUCUAAACGAGCUGGAGCUUUAGCUGACGGCAGCCACUAUAGCCUUCAACAGUCACUAUUCAUGAGGAAACUAAUGGAGUAAGGAAUGGUGCAAGAACAAGCAUCAUGUGGGUUAGACAUCCUUUUUCAUGCGCCUCUUGGUCAUAAAGAAAACAUUUGUAGCUGUUUUUCUACCGUAACUUGUGAUCUUAUCACGUCAUCGAGAUGAAUGGAAGAUACGUGGAAACAAUGUUAUGCAAACAUCUUAUGUACUCCUACAGAAAGAGAAAACAAUUGACCACAUGAAUCAUUUCUAAGAAUGGAAACAGUUGUUAUUGUGUAGUAGCUACUGUGUAGUUCUGUGUAGUAGGGACAAUAUUGACCGAUGGGCGUUGACCGUCAAGUUGUCUUAUUGGAGUCCAUAGGUGUGUGGUUUAGAGACAGAAUGCCUGAUGCCGUCUCCAUCUCCCCUUAGGCCGCUGAAGAAGAUGGCUGUUGGUAUGAUCUUUGCAGCGCUGGCCUUCGGUGCUGCCACCUUGGUGGAGGUCAACGUCAUGGUAAGACACAGCAUCUCUGGUAGAGGAGGCUGGUGGAAGGAGCUAUAGGAUUAUUGUAAUGGCUGGAAUGGGAUAGAUGGAACCGGUGGCAGGUAGCUUAGUGGUUAAGAGCGUUGUGCCAGUAACCGAAAGGUCGCUGGUUCUAAUCCCCAAGCCGACUAGGUGAAAAAUCUGUCGAUGUGCCCUUGAGCAAGGCACUUAACCCUAAUUGCUCCUGUAAGUCACUCUGGAUAAGAGCAUCUGCUAAAUGACGCAAACGCAUCAAACAUAUGGAAACCACGUUUGACUCCGUUCCAUUCAUUCCAUUACAAUGAGCCCAUCCUCCUAUAGCUCCUCCCACCAGCCUCUUCUGAUCUCUGGGUCACUUUACUUUCUUAGGCGACACUCCAGGUCAUCUUUUCUGCACAGAUGGCCAGAUCUCACAAUGCCUGGAGAAGUGUUUAGUGUAGCAGGAACAACAUUCAUAUGUUAUAGCAAACUCCUGAGAUGCAACUGUAAGAAAAAAAAAAAAGACAACCUGGAUUGCCACCUUUGUAACAGACAGUCACCUGUCCUCUAUUGUCCUCUGAUGUCCCCUCUCUCUAUUCCUCUGCUAGAAAACGGUGGUGGAGCCUGCGCCUAAAGGACAGUGUCUGCUACAGGUCUACAACCUGGCUGACAGUGACGUCAAACUAAGCAUCCCCGGGAGUAACCUAUUCUCACAAUCCAUCAAAUCCUAUGAGGUAAACUGGGCUGGGGAGUUUUAACUUAACUCUGCUAUGCUAAUAAUGCUGUGUGUUUAUUAACCCUGACCUCAUAGAAAGCAGACCUACCAGAUAGGAUUGCCCUGAGACAUGGCUGUAGACUCCAUAGAUGCUCCAUAGUCUGACAUCAUAGGAGUCUACAGCUACAUCUCAAGGCAACAGAUAGGAGUGUGUUCUGAGGUCAAUAGGUCCAUUGUUCUAAAGCUAUUACAGCCAGACCUGGGUUCAAAUACUAUUUGAAAUCUUUAAAAUCCCUUUAGUUUGCUUUAGCCUGCCUGGAGUGCUAGAUGGGCGGAGUUUGCCGUUUUGUGACUAUUUUAUUGGUUCCAUUGUGCCAGGAAAGCUUGAUCAAGCCCAGUUGAAGUAUUUGAAAUAACCAGGUCUGAUUAGCGCUGGACAUGAACCCUGUCAAUACAAUGAAUAAACAUGCCUCUAUGUCUAUCAGGAUCCUCAAGCAUAUCAGCAUCUUGAACUGGGGGGACACAACAAGACCAUCACUGUGGGGAUCAAUCACAAUGGACACUUUCAUGAGUGUAGAGAGACCUUCACAGAGCUGAAAGCCUACAGUCUCAUCCUGCACAGCAAAACCUCGGGAAUAGUGUGUCAACUAGUGAGUCAGAAGUUCACAUUAUAAUCUUACAGUUCUGUACUUUCAGUCACUACAGAAAUAAUUUCUGUAUUUGCAAUAAUCUGUUUCUGUUUUCUAUCUUUUUUAAUUUUUUUUAUAAUAUAGGCGACAGACAACAUACUUAAAAGUGAAAAAAUGUUAGCAUACCUGAGGUAAUUAUGUGUUUAUGUUUGAAUUGAAAUGGGAGACAGAAUAAGACUCCAUCGGACAGACUGACUUCAGUUAGUUUAAUGAAUAUACUGUAAAGAUUCAAAUAUUGCUCUAACAGGUUCAUAAACACGCGGAGCGAGGCUGUGAACGUAACAGUGGGUGGUGUGGACUUUUACAUACCCGCUGACUAUGGCAUAUCUCCCAAUAAGAGUGUGGAAAGAAACGAGUGAGUAUGAGUCGCGAGUGGUCAUAUUUCUGUUCCAUUGCAGUUCAUCUUAAAAUAGUAUAGUGUCUCUUCCUAGUCCACUGACAAAGCAUUCAAUAAUAAUUUUCUAACAUUGAACAUCUGAUGGAUAUAGUAAUACAUCAGAAAUAGAUACAGUCCACAGGAGGCUGGUGACACCUUAAUUGGGGCGGACGGGCUCGUGGUAAUGGCUGGAGCGGAAUAAUUGGAAUGAAAUCAUGGUUUCCAUGUGUUUGAUGCCAUUCCAUUUGCUUCGUUCCAGCCAUUAUUAUGAGCUGUCCUCCCCUCAGCAGCCUCCACUGAUACAGUCAGUACAGAUCUCUUUUACCUCUGCCCUCUCUAAAUCCUUCACUUAUGCCAUCUCUCACAGGUACAGAAACGUGAGGUGUACAUCAGGCUCACAGGAUUUCUCCAUCAACCUGGGCCUGCUUGACUAUGGAGCCUCGUACACCGUCAUUCUCAAAGGGGUGAGUCAGCCCAGUGGCUUUACAUGAGACCACAAAAUACCAUACUGUAGGUACUAUUAAGUGCUGCCUGCUACGGCCUGAAACCACAUUGGCGGUAUAAAUACCUGGACUAGCACAGUACUAGCUACCUAGUAAGUUACCUUUAGUAAGUGUAUGUGAUCCCUGCGGGAAUUGAACCCAUGACCUUGGCAUUGCUCGCAUCGUCAGUGCCUGCUCUGCAGACAGUACUCACAACCACCUUUACUUUUUUCCAGGGCCCUGGAGAGAUCAUUCCCCAGAAGAUGGAGGAUGUGAAGGUCAUAAUUUUUUUUUUUCUCUCUGUAUUGUUGGGAAGGGCCCAUAAGUAAGCAUUUCACUGUUAGUCUACAUCUGUUGUUUACCAAGCAUGUGAUUAAAUAAUUUUUGAUUUAUUUGUGAAGGCCAACAACGUUCACAUAGCCUGGCAGAUCCCCCAGUACGUCCUGAUGACAGCAGGAGAAGUCAUGUUCUCCAUCACAGGCCUCGAGUUCUCCUACUCACAGGUCAGUAGUUCUCCUACUCACAGGCCUCGAGUUCUCCUACUCACAGGUCAGUAGUUCUCCUAUUCACAGGCCUCGAGUUCUCCUACUCACAGGUCAGUAGUUAUCCUACUCACAGUUCAGUAGUUCUUCUAGUCACAGGCCUUGAGUUCUCCUACUCACAGGUCAGUAGUUCUCCUACUCACAGGCCUCGAGUUCUCCUACUCACAGUUCAGUAGUUCUCCUACUCACAGGUCAGUAGUUCUCCUACUCACAGGUCAGUAGUUCUCCUACUCACAGGUCAGUAGUUCUCCUACUCACAGGCCUCGAGUUCUCCUACUCACAGUUCAGUAGUUCUCCUACUCACAGUUCAGUAGUUCUCCUACUCACAGGUCAGUAGUUCUCCUACACACAGGUCAGUAGUUCUCCUACUCACAGGUCAGUAGUUCUUCUAGUCACAGGUCAGUAGUUCUUCUAGUCACAGGCCUCGAGUUCUCCUACUCACAGGUCAGUAGUUCUCCUACUCACAGGCCUCGAGUUCUCCUACUCACAGGUUAGUAGUUCUCCUACUCACAGUUCAGUAGUUCCCCUACUCACAGUUCAGUAGUUCUCCUACUCACAGGUCAGUAGUUCUCCUACUCACAGGCCCAGUGGCGGCUCCUGAAAAAAUUCUCAGGAGGGGCAAUUUUUCUGAUGAUUUAGGUGACCUACACACAUUUAAAAAAAGAUAUGUCCAGCAACAACAUGAAGACAGGGGCAGCAUAUAAGUCAAUACCAGAAGCAUUUAUUGACUGAUCUCAAAAGUGUUGGCUUACCAGGGUUGGUGGAGCCCUCAGUUUCAUCUUUGCCUCGCAAAGCUAACUCAAACACUCCGCAAAACUUCACACACUGGAUUAGCCGGCUGAGGAUGUGGCGGUUCUUGCUAAUGUCGUAGUAAAUAUAUUUGUUAUAGUGAAUAUGGAAUAUGAUAUGUUGAGUAAAAUGUUGUGCUAAGAUCUAUUUAGGUCAGGAGCUGGUUAUAAGUUCUGUUCCUAUCCAAUAACAAUGGACAAAAGGGUCCUAUCUUGUCAGCCUUGUCAGCAGGUGGCCAAGGACAACACCCACGCCAUAGGCCUCUCAGUUCUUCCAACUCACGAGUUCUUGCUCUGAGGACACACAAACACACACACACACACAUCAUCACUGUUAAACACACACACACAUCAUCACUGUUAAACACACACACACACACACACACAAAAAUCCCCUCUCUUAGGAUGAACAUUUGAAGACAGAGAACCCGACUCAGAGCCAAUGCAACAGUGACAGUAGCCUGGAGGUGACCUCGCCCAACUCAUCAGGACCAAUCAGAAGAUCAGAACUACUAGAUUGAACCUACUUCAUUUAUUGCAUAAAAUGUCUGCACACAAUGUUUCGGGGCUCUCUUCAGAUAAUAAUAAUAAUAAUAAUAAUAAUAAUAUGCCAUUUAGCAGACGCUUUUAUCCAAAGCGACUUACAGUCAUGCGUGCAUACAUUUUUGUGUAUGGGUGGUCCCGGGGAUUGAACCCACUACCUUGGCGUUACAAGCACCAUGCUCUACCAGCUGAGCUACAGAAAGUGGAUACUCAUGGAUGCGCAUUGCAAUUGUAAAAUGUCAACACAAUUGGAGACACCACGUCAUUUUUGGAGACAUGUUAUUGACAGUAAACUAUUGUAGAUGCGACUGCUAACUAAAUAAAACAUUUUAGCUGGCUAGCUAAUCAUCUUAGCUAAAUGUGGGGCAAACAAUUCAGUUAUUUACCGUUAAUUUUAGGGAUUGGGGUGAAAGAAAUCGAGUUACAUAGUGAUACUUUACGAUAUACUGUAUUGACAAUAUCGCAAUAUUUUAGCGCUAGUUGGCUGUACCUGCACCAAAACACCAUUAUUGUUCCUUCAUAGCUUGUUCUCAAUCUUUUCACAUUGGGAGCCAAUUUGUUUUCAGCACUUUUAUUUCCAUGACUGAUCAAAACUCGUUCUCAUGGCUUUCUGAUCCCUCUGCAACAGACAUAUGGUGCGCAAUAAAAUCACAGUAUCGAAUCGCAAUACGUAUAGAAUCAUGAGACUCGCAAUGCUGAUGCAUAUAUCUUAUCGUGAGGUUCCUGGCAAUUCCCAGCCCAAGUUCAUUUGCCACAACAAAUCUCUUCGCUAGCAAACGCGAUGUCUUCUCCAAAACGGCAAUGUGUCUCCAGCAAUGUUUACUUUUUUGACGUUCUAUGGCAUCUCCACUUUCCAAGCAUAUAUGACCACAUGUAAUAUUUUGGUAAGUGAUGCAAAUAGUGAACUAUGUAGGGCCAGGAUGUAAAAUAUAUGUAGCUGCAGCAAUUUCUCUUAUCUGAUAUGGUAAGUAAUGGGGCUUAAUUUAUAGCUCCCUAAGAGUUUGACGAACGGGUCCGUGAACGCGAUUCCAGAUAUAUUUACCUCUGAAUAAACUGCCUUUAUUACACCAUAUCCACCCUGUCCAAAGUCUCUACUUGGUCUCAGUUGGUUCUCCAGUAAACUUGUGAUUAUCAACACUAACCUCAUCGUUGUGGCGGCGGACAGCUAGCCUGUAUCCCUCGUCAUCCAGUUGAGUGAGUGGCAAUGUCUUUUUUCGUUCGUACCAAUUUUUGGAAAAUCCUCGGGUGUAGGACUUUCCGCCUUUAGUAGAAACCUGUUGAAUUAUUAAAUUUGGUCUGGGAGGUCCUAAUUGUUUCGUUGCCAAUUUAUCUUCAUUUGUUCGCCGACAAAAAGGAACUUCUUUCAAACAAUCCACUCUUUUCUCAGUUACGUUCAUGGUUACGUAACGUAUGACGAAAGCGCGUAAGUGCAAGCCCACAGACACCCAUUGAGAUUGUAUUGAAGGCUCUGAAAUUUGAAAAAAAUAGAUUUUACAUGGGAGUCUAUGACAGACUUCUGGGCGAUUUUCAACCUGACUGAAAUCGCCCCAAAAGGGGGGGGAGCCAUUUGAAGCACGACUUUAGCCUGAUUCGACAUUUAGUGGCAGUGUGGCACUGUGGCAGAUCAGACGUAUAGAUUACAACACUGAUAACUACUGUUGCCGUGAUAUAAUUGAUUAGAAAAAAAAUCCCUUCCUUUUCCCGUUUGGCAGUGCGUCGCCCAUAUCGCCCUAUUGAACAGGCCGCCCCUGCACAGGCCUCGAGUUCUCCUACUCACAGUUCAGUAGUUCUCCUACUCACAGUUCAGUAGUUAUCCUACUCACAGGUCAGUAGUUCUCCUACUCACAGGUCAGUAGUUCUCCUAGUCACAGGUCAGUAGUUCUUCUAGUCACAGGUCAGUAGUUAUCCUACUCACAGGUCAGUAGUUAUCCUACUCACAGGUCAGCAGUGAUUAUUGAUUGAAUAUUGGUUGAGUAUUGACUAAUAAACCUCAAAUGCCUACAUAGGCACCUCUGUAGAUCUGAAAGAAUUGGUCCAGUAUGAUGAACACCUAGCUUAUACCAACCAGAAACCUUUCAGAUCUACAAGAAGUACCUAGGGGGUAUAGACGGCUAGGGGUUGAUUAUUAGGACUUCAGCCUCUACAAGGAGAUCAGGUUUGAGUACAGAACAUGUGAUCUGUUGUCCCUGCUUUUCCCUGCCAAUGAUAAACAAUAUCUAGGUAUAUGUUCAAUACAGGCCCCAGCCAACAUGAAGUCAGUGCUGCAGGCCGGCUGGCUGCUGACUGUAGCCUUUGGCAAUGUCAUCGUGCUGAUCGUAGCAGAGGGGGCAGGUCUGAAUCAGGUAAGUCCCAGUCCAGUGGUAGAAGACUGCUUGGUUUUUACUGUGCCUUUUAGGAAACAUUGUUAGUGCACCAUUGAACCCAUAGACCUUAUAAAGCAGUUAAAAACAGUCAAACAGAACAGUGUCUGCAGUAGUCCACUAGAGGGAACCAAAUCACAACAAUAAUAAGGUCUUGUUCACUUUCUCUCUCAAGCUUGAGUGGUGAGUACACCAGGAUAAUAAAUAUGGCUAUCAAAUAAUGACCAUAGUCCCCAGUGUUAAAUGUGUUUAACAUUGAUUCUGACAUUCCCAGUGGAUGGAGUUCCUGCUGUUCGCUGGCCUCCUGGUGGCAGUUUGCAUCAUCUUCUCCAUCAUGGCUUACUUCUACACCUACGUAGACCCAGAUGAGCUAGACAAGCUGUUCCCAGACAAGACAGUCAAUGAGGAUGAAGAUGGCCUGAAGAAGGACCAGACAGACCACAUGGACCAGACGGACGACACUAUGUACUUGAACACAACAGAGAAGAGCACCAAGAUGUAG